GGGCAGCGCUGAGCGGAGCGGAGCAGCGCGGAGCGGGGCUGCCGCCUGGCCCGACCCGGCUGCGGGCAGCCCGGGCGCCGGCCCCCGCGUCCGGCCGGGACCGCCGCGAUGGACCCUCCCGCGGGCAUCGCCUGCCUCCUGCUCUGCUGCGCGCUCGCCCUGCCCGCCGGCGCCCUGCGGCGCCCCGGGGACAGAGAUUCAAUCCUGAGGAAUAUAGAGGAGUACAGCCUUGUCAUCCCCACAAGCACUGAUUCAGAGGGCAGGUUCCUAUCCCACUUGGUGUCUGGACCGCCAAAAGCACGCUUCAGGAGAGCUGUGGAGGACUCGCAACGUGAAGCAGCAAAUGAGCAGAUAUUUUACAAUGUCACUGUUUUUGGAAGAGAGUUUCACUUCAGGUUGAGGCCAAACUCCAGGCUUGUGGCCCCUGGAGCAACAGUUGAGUGGCAGGAGGACUCUGAGGAGACUCAUAUUGAACCUCUCUAUGGGAAUUGCCUCUAUGUUGGGGAUAUCACUGAUCUGCCAAAUGCUUCAGUUGCUAUCAGCAAUUGCGAUGGACUGGCUGGCAUGAUCCGCACGGACAAGGACGAGUUCUUCAUCGAGCCUCUGGAGAGGGGAGCCCAGGAGGAGGAGGAGGAAGGAGGCAGAACACACGUGGUCUAUCGCAGAGCAGCUGCCAGGAAGCAGCUUCCUGGUGAGGACGUGGAUACCGUGUACAGAGGCUCCAACCUCACUGUCCUGGACCCUCUGGGCAGCGCCGUGGGCCUCGCUGAGGAGCAGGUGCAGGGCUGGAGGCGGCGCCGCCGCCGGCACGCCACCGAGGACGACUACAACAUCGAGGUGCUCCUGGGCGUGGAUGACUCAGUGGUGCAGUUCCAUGGGAAAGAACACGUUCAGAAGUACCUGCUGACCUUGAUGAACAUUGUUAAUGAAAUUUAUCAUGAUGAGUCCCUGGGUGCUCACAUUAACGUUGUCUUGGUGAGGAUAAUCCUGCUGAGCUACGGCAAGUCCAUGAGUCUGAUAGAGAUUGGGAACCCCUCCCAAAGCCUGGAGAACGUGUGUCGUUGGGCCUACCUGCAGCAGAAACCCGACACGGGGCACGCCGAGUACCAUGAUCACGCCAUCUUCCUCACCAGGCAGGAUUUUGGUCCAUCAGGCAUGCAAGGCUAUGCCCCCGUCACUGGGAUGUGCCAUCCUGUCCGGAGCUGCACUCUCAACCAUGAAGAUGGGUUUUCAUCUGCAUUUGUGGUGGCUCAUGAAACUGGACAUGUUUUAGGAAUGGAGCACGACGGCCAAGGGAACCGCUGUGGGGACGAGGUCCGGCUGGGCAGCAUCAUGGCCCCCCUGGUGCAGGCAGCCUUCCACCGCUUCCACUGGUCCCGCUGCAGCCAGCAGGAGCUGAACCGCUACCUCCACUCCUACGAUUGUCUGCGGGAUGAUCCCUUCGAACACGACUGGCCCUCCCUUCCACAGCUGCCAGGGAUUCACUACUCCAUGAAUGAGCAGUGCCGCUUUGACUUCGGGCUGGGAUACAUGAUGUGCACAGCUUUCCGUACAUUUGAUCCCUGCAAGCAGCUGUGGUGCAGCCACCCCGAGAACCCCUAUUUCUGCAAAACCAAGAAAGGGCCUCCGCUGGACGGGACCAUGUGUGCACCAGGGAAGCACUGCUUUAAAGGUCACUGCAUCUGGCUCACACCAGACAUCCUGAAGCAGGAUGGGCACUGGGGGGCUUGGAGCAAGUUUGGCUCUUGCUCCCGCACGUGUGGCACCGGGGUGAAGUACAGGACCCGGCAGUGUGACAACCCACAUCCUGCCAACGGAGGCCGCACAUGUGUGGGGCCGAGCUACGAAUUCCAGCUGUGCAACACCCAGGAGUGUCCCAAGGACUUUGAGGACUUCAGAGAGGAGCAGUGCCGGCAGUGGGACCCCUACUUUGAGUACCAGAACACCAAACAUCACUGGCUGCCCUAUGAACAUGUUGAUGCCAAGGAGAGGUGCCACCUGUACUGUGAAUCCAAGGAGACAGGGGAUGUGGUGUACAUGAAGAGGAUGGUGCAUGACGGGACCCGCUGCUCCUACAAGGAUGCUUACAGCAUCUGUGUGAGGGGAGACUGCCUGAAAGUUGGGUGUGACAGGGUCAUAGGUUCCACAAAGCAGGAAGAUAAGUGUGGUGUCUGUGGAGGAGAUAAUUCCCACUGCAAAGUGGUGAAAAGAACAUUUUCAAGAAUACCAAAAAAGCAAGGGUACGUUAAGAUGUUUGAAAUUCCUGCUGGUGCAAGACAUUUACUUAUACAGGAAACAGAUGCCACCACUCAUCAUCUUGCCAUUAAAAAUCGUGAAACAGGGAAAUUCAUUCUAAGUGAGGACAACUAUGUGCCAGACUCCAAGGUCUUCAUUGACAUGGGUGUGGAGUGGGAAUAUCGGAAUGACGACGACAGAGAGACGGUGCAGACCAUGGGGCCGCUGCGGCACGGGAUCAUCAUCCUGGUGAUUCCUCAUGGUGGUGCCAAGAUAUCUUUGACUUACAAGUACAUGAUCCAUGAAGAUUCCUUGAAUGUAGAUAACAAUAAUGUUUUGGAGGAGGACUCACUGUCAUAUGAAUGGGCUUUGAAGAAAUGGUCCCAGUGUUCAAAACCUUGUGGAGGAGGCUACCAGUUCACCAAGUACGGCUGCCGCAGGAAGACCGACCACAAGAUGGUUCAUCGCAGCUACUGCGAGCUCAUCCAGAAGCCCAAGCCCAUCCGCAGGGUGUGCAACCUCCAGGAGUGCUCCCAGCCCAUCUGGGUUACAGGGGAGUGGGAGCCUUGCAGCAAAUCCUGUGGGAAGACGGGGUACCAGGUGCGGUCUGUGCGCUGCAUCCAGCCCCUGCACGACAACACCAACCGCUCCGUGCACACCAAGUACUGCAACAACGACCGCCCCGAGGGCAGGAGGCCCUGCAACCGGGAGCUGUGCCCAGCACAGUGGAGAAUAGGACCCUGGUCACAGUGCUCUGUCAGCUGUGGCAAUGGCACCCAGGAUCGGCCGGUGCUGUGCCGCACCAGGGACAAUGUCAUCGGCCUGUGCAAGGACAGCAAACCAGAGAGCGUCAGGAUCUGCAGACUACCUCCCUGUCCCAGAAACGUUUCUGAUCCUUCAAAGAAAACCUACAUGAUACAAUGGCUGUCAAGACCCGAUCCAGACUACCCCAUCCAGAAAAUAUCUUCAAAAGAUCAUUGUCAAGGAGACAAGUCAAUGUUUUGUCGCAUGGAAGUUCUCUCCCGUUACUGCUCCAUUCCUGGGUACCAUAAGCUGUGUUGCAAGUCCUGCAACAUGUACAGCAACCUAACAGAGGAUGGCAAUGUAACCAGUGCCAAUGUAAAUAAGAAUAAUGUCAUUGAGGAGGAGCUCCUGACCACCCUCGGCCCUCCCGUGGGAGUGCCCACCACACAGUCUGCCACCAGCCCUCCCCUGCUUCCCAAAACACGGGCACCCCCUUCCAAUGCCACCGAGGAGCACCCAGAAAUCAAUGCAGUGGAUGUUCCCUACAAAGUUGAUGGGUUGGAUAACGAAGUACCACAGCACAACAUCAUUACACGGAGGAGGCCUUAUGAAAGGACAAGGAAUCAAAGAAUUCAGGAGCUGAUCGCUGAGAAAAUGAAAAGAGAGACUCUUAGGAAAAUAAACUAAAAUGGAAAUAUGGCACAAGCAACAUUUUUCUCUUAUAGAGAUGUUACCAACAUCAUAGUAUUGGCCAUCGUAGAGACUAAGAAUGGGGAAAAAUCGAAGUGGUGCUAUGGCAGAGAUACCAAAUUCUCAAGCCUACUAUAAAUGGAAAUGACAGAUUGUUUCAUAAGUGCUAAUCUGAACACUUUGAUGGCUAGGUUAGGUGUACAGGGUACAGCAGAGUGUUAGUGCAAUAUCCCUAGAGUGUCCCACUGAAUCCAAACAAACCAGGUUACUUAGGUCAGGUUAGCAGGUUUCUCAGUCACAGGCUCCCUAAAGUCUUCUAUGCCUAUGUAAAACUGCUUGGGAAUGGCAAUGGGAGUCACACAGUAUGGCAGAAAGCAGUCCCAAGAUAAAAAAUCCCUUUAACUCUGACAAGCAGGGGGUCAGCACUCCUGUGAUGCUUCUGUGCCUUGCACAAACCCUGGCACUAGCACAGCCAGCUUCGGGAAGGCUCCUGGCACAUGCCAGGCUUGGUUUGGCUGACCCUGGCAGAGCUGCCUCUGUGGCCACAGCUCAGCAUGUGCUCACGCAGCUUCCUGAACCAGGGCUGUGUAAGAAAAUACAGAGAAAACUCUGUAGCCAUAUAUUUAUGUGUAAAUUAAAAACUGACAAACAGUAGUUUACAUAAUUCCAUAAACAAUUUCAAAG